UGGGGUGGAAUAUGGUCCAGGCGGUGGUGGGGAAGCCGGAGCUGUCGCCGCCGUUGCUGCUGUCACCGGGUCGGAGGAUCAAUAACGACAGGGAGAAAGACAGAAGAAAAUGCCAGUCUCCACGUAGACUGAGCGGCGGGAUUACAGUGGCAGCGAUCAGCUUGCACGGGGUUUUAAUCAAUGAAAUGUUUGUGUGUGUUUCAUUGCACCGGCGCCUUCCCCAGUAAAUGAUGAAGAAGCAAUUCAAUCGGAUGCGACAGCUCGCCAACCAGACAGUGGGCAGAGCUGAAAAGACAGAAGUAUUGAAUGAAGAUUUGCUUCAGGUGGAGAAACGUCUAGAGUUGGUAAAACAAGUCUCGCACAGCACUCAUAAAAAACUCACAGCAUGUCUCCAGGGACAACAAGGUGUGGACGGAGACAAACGAUCCAAGAAGCUGCCAUUAACAACAUUGGCACAAUGUUUAGUGGAAGGGUCUACAAUUCUGGGUGAAGACUCUUUGCUGGGGAAGAUGCUGAAGAUGUGUGGAGACACAGAGGAUAGACUAGCCCAGGAACUCAUCCUGUUUGAGCAACAGAUAGAAAGGGAUGUCAUUGAGCCAUUGUUUGUGUUAGCUGAGGUGGACAUCCCCAAUAUCCAAAAACAGAGAAAACAUUUAGCAAAACUAGUAUUGGACAUGGACUCAGCUAGAACACGGUGGCAGCAGUCGUCGAAGUCGUCAGGGUUGUCGAGCAACCUGCAGUCGUCUGGUGCCAAGGCCGACGCGCUCAGGGAAGAAAUGGAGGAAGCAGCGAACCGGGUGGAGAUCUGCAGGGAUCAGCUGGCAGCGGACAUGUACAAUUUUGUGGCCAAAGAAAUAGACUAUGCAAAUUAUUUUCAGACACUAAUAGAAGUGCAAGCGGAGUAUCACAAGAAGUCAUUAGUGCUUUUACAGAGUAUACUGCCUCAAAUUAAAGCUCAACAAGAGGCUUGGAUAGAAAAGCCAUCCUUCGGCAAACCACUGGAAGAACAUCUGGCUAUAAGUGGACGAGAAAUUGCAUUUGCUGUCGAGGCCUGUGUGACAAUGUUGCUGGAGUGUGGCAUGCAGGAAGAGGGCCUUUUCAGGGUAGCUGCUUCUGCCUCCAAACUGAAGAAGUUGAAGGCUUCACUUGACUGUGGUGUGCUGGAUGUGCAAGAAUACUCUGUGGAUCCUCAUGCUGUAGCAGGAGCUCUUAAAUCAUAUCUCCGCGAGCUACCCGAACCUUUGAUGACAUUUGAAUUGUAUGAUGAAUGGAUACAGGCAUCGAAUAUUCAGGACCAAGACAAGCAGCUUCAAGCAUUAUGGAAUGCGUGUGAGAAGUUGCCCAAGACAAAUUACAACAAUUUCAGAUACUUGGUAAAAUUCUUAGCCAAACUAACAGAAUACCAAGAUGCCAACAAGAUGACACCCGGUAACAUGGCGAUUGUACUGGGACCCAAUCUGCUCUGGACAGCCAACGAAGGGUCCAUGACUGAAAUGAUGACAACAGUUUCCAUACAAAUUGUGGGAAUUAUUGAACCCAUAAUUCAACAUGCUGAUUGGUUCUUCCCAGGAGAUAUUGAGUUUAACGUAACUGGAAGCUACGGGAGCCCAUUGCACACCAAUCACAACGCAAACUACAACUCGAUGCCUUCUCCAGACAUUGAUCAUUCUGACCGCAAGCAGCAUGAUCAGGCAAGGCGACCCCUUAGUGUUGCCACGGACAAUAUGAUGCUGGAGUUUUACAAAAAGGAUGGCAUGGGCGUGAGGGUGAUGGACACCUCCUGGGUGGUCCGUAGAGGCUCCUCCAUUGUCCGAAAGCCAUCCUCCACCCCACCUGGCAUGCAGCCCCCUCCUCCGCCCGCUGAACCUGCCGCCACGUCUCAGUCGCCAAUCCCCGAGCAGCCUGUAGAAAGUUCCACCUCUCCCACCCCCACUCCUCCACCUAGCGGCCCACUCACAGGGGCUGAACAAGUCAGCACUGAUGAGUUCUCUUCCAAUUGGUCGGAUUCUUGUUACUCCUACCCUUGCCCAGAAGAUGACAGACCUUGCCCGUACCCUUGCCUCCAGCAUGCCCACCAUUUCUAUCAUAAGGCUCAGUCGUCUGCUUGGCCAGAGGUUGUACCCCAAGCCUCCUCGCCUCAGAGGUGGCUGGAAUACAGCCCAACCUUACUCACCCACCCUCCCUCCCUGCAGCAACUUGACAUCAACUCUAACCCCAAGCCAUGCUCCCUCCACCUCCCUAAACCAGGCCCCUCCACUGACUCGCAUGCAUCCGAAACUAAUGUCUCCCCUGUCUACGUCAAAACCCCUCUCCUCCUAACCAAGCACGACCCUUACUCUACCCCAUCCAACCCUUCCAUGUCAGCCUCCACCCCAUGGGUCGGUUGUGGCAGUGGCAAAGACAAAGGAACCAGGCUGACUAGUGCGAUGAAGGGCAAAGAACUCUCGCCCGUGAUCGGACAGAAAGGGAGACCUGUUUCCGACCAUGUGACGUCCUCCAGCAGCUUGCAGCAAAACAUCGCCACGGGUCAACUGUCGAGCGAACAGAGUCCCCACACCUUGCGCAAAGGGUCUGAUUUUCUUCUCUCUGCAGCUGCAAAGAAGGUGGUGUCGCUGCCGCCCAAAAUCUCCUUUGAGCAGACGGCGAGUCAGCCUUCUCCCGCGAGCCUGUCCCCUACCCCUCCCAGCACCCCGUCACCAUACGCUGCAAACUAUCCCCAAGCUUACACCUUGCCGCCAAGCCAGACUCCCCCCGCCGCUCCCCCCCUCUCCUCCCCUCCUUCCCAAACGAGCACUUUAACCAAAUCUCGACCCGUACUGAAGCCAAGGCAACGACCCACACUUCCACCUCCACAACCUCCAACUUCGGGCCUAACUGGCUCCAGCCCUCAACCCUUGGACCAUUCUAUCUUAGACAACCUGUCUGCUGGAGAAAGCAUGUCUACAGAUACGGGCAAUCCUGAUCCCUCUUUUGUACAAUCAGGAGAGGUGUAUGACUUGCUCUACACUGAGCCUUCAGACCAAAUGUGCACAAACUCUGUUGCAGACUUUAUAGUGAGAGCAGAUUCCGAUGAGGAGUCCGAAAGUACUGUCCUAUGACAUUUGAACACUUCAUUAGUGGGGCUGCGGCUGUACAUAUAUUACAUCAACAGGAUCUCCACAUGUAACUGCAAGAAAAUCUGCUUCCAUUAAUUGUGGCAAUGGAUAAAUCUGUGUUGGUUUGGUAGUGGUUGUCAGCAAUUGAAACACUAUUUUGUUGUCCGGGAUCAAUGGUUUCUUUUUAAAACUUUUUAUUUUAGACUUGCUGAAUCAUUUUUCUUAUGAAAAAAAAUACUUGGCCUUUCAACCUGACACUUAAUUUGCUUCCUGUAUUUUUUCCAGAAUUUUAUAAUACCUAAUUUAAAAAAUGCCAUAUCAACCAGCAAUGCUUUCAGACUAGGUAUUUAUGCAUCCUAUAUGGGGAUGGUAGAUCGAGAUUCCACACUUGGCAAAACCUUUCAUUCUUCCCAGGGAAUGCAUUUCUGCCGCCAGGAGGUCAGAAUCUUGUGUUUAUAAGUCAUUCCGUCGACAGAUGAAACCUCUUUCCAUUGUACGUUGGAAUGAGCCGAUUCGAAGGGAAUAGGUAGUUGAGCCAAAACAACAUGUAAACUGCUAUUGAAUAGAGAAAUUAUAAAAAAAAAAAAGAGAUUAUUUUUUUUCCUUGUCUGGAGAAAUCUUCAGUGCCCGGGAGAUGGAGACGGAACACUCAGGGGAUGUCACCAUGCACUGUUAGUAAGAAGUUGAAAUGUUCUUAUACCCACCCAUGACACCAGCCAGUCAAAGGUUUUAACCCCCCUCCCCCCCUCCUGCAAUCUCACAGUACACAAUUGCAAAGAAAAUCUAUUUCUCAAAAGACAACAUGAAAAUGAGACUUUAUUUUCAUUGUAAUAUAAAUUAUAAAAUAAAAUAUAAUUCUGCAUCCUAUUGUGCACAUCCUAGUAUAUGUUUACACCAUUCAGAGGAGAAAUACGUUACAUGCAACAACAUAGUUUAAAUUUUAUCUGAUAUGGGCACCCAGCCUGACAAUUGCCAAUUCUGAAAGUAAUUUUAUUUUCCAGAGAAAGAGGAAGGAAGUUGUCAUGAUUGUACUGAAGUCUGUAUGUGAAUGAUGACUAUUACAAUGGAUUGUUGUGGCUGUAAAUCUUUUCAUUCUUAUCAUGCCAGAAUACCUUGUAUGAAUAGAAUUUUAUUAAUGUCCAUGUAAAUGUUGUAUUAAAAAAUAUACUGUGUAUUUAAGGGAAUGGGACUAGACUGGCAAUUGGUUAUGUGGCUAAUGCCUUCGUUAAUGUACAGGAUCUAAUUCAUUGCUGAGCACAGUGACAUUUUAAAUGAUCAGAAAAGAGUGUAGAGUUAUGAGAGAACAUAAUAUAUCUGUUAUAUAAACACUUGUUUCAUGCAUUAUGUUUCACUGAAAAAUAUAUAAUUAUAGUGCUUUAAAUUACAAUUCUUGAAAUUAGAGGGCUUAGUGGCAAUGUCUCAGAAAUAGUGCUGAUUCCCUCGUCCGUGGUUUUGUGUCUAAAACCUGAAGAAAAACUGAACUGAAAAUAAAAAAAAUAUUACAACAUGUAGAGCAAACUUGAUGUGUUCUGGAAAAAAAAUGUUUCAAUUUCAUAUCAGCAAAAAAAUAAAUAAAAUGUACACUUUGACAAAA